UGUCUUUCCAAUUUCUUUGCAUUUUUUUUUUCUUUUCUUUUUUGUUAAUUGUUGAUUUUAUAUAUAUCAAUUUAUAGAUUUAAACUACAAUAAAAUAAAAAUAAAAAUCUAUUUAUGGAGGAAAGUAAAUUUCAUGAUCCAGAGACACCACCUCCAACUGAUUCAGCAAGUAUUCGACCUGUUUUCAGCUUGAAUAUAUCUGACGAAACAAUUCACCAGCCAUAUAAUAAAUCAGAUAAAGAGUUAAAUGGAAAAGCGGAUAUUUUCGAUGGAACAACAAGUGCAUCUGAUUCUAUGAGAGAUGAGACCAAGGAAAAAGAAGGGUCUAUUUCACGUAGGUCGAGUCAUACAGAUCAAGCCCUUCAUCUUGUCGAUGCCAUGACUCGUCAAAAAAUGAAACGAAGGCCAAGUAAAGCAGGUGUCCUUUCGAAUUUAUUAAAAUUAAAUCUUUUUGAAGAAAAGAAUCGCCGACAACAUGGGUCUUCUUCUUCUUAUUAUUCACGUCAUCAACAUCCGCCUCCGCGACCUACUUAUCAAUUAAGAUCAAUUGCAUCUAGUCGUGCUCUUUUACAAACAAUGGGUGCAUCUCCUCAAUCAGCGCGUAGUAGUUUAUAUUUUGAAGAUCUUCAUAAGGCUGAACUAGGUAUUGUUGAAGAUGCUGCUGUAGCUGCUCAUCGAAUAACUAUUGCUGCUGAAAUUGCUGAUAUUCUUAAAAGACAAGAUCUUAUCAUAAAAAUGGGAAAGAGUCUUGUUCGAACGGGUGCUCCCUCUCAUAGAAUUGUAAGCUGCUAAAUUUAAAACAAUGAAAUCCCAUAUAUCCCGGAAUCAUAUAUAUAUAUAUUUUUUAAUGCAUAAUAUAUAGGAAGCUGCUAUGGAAAAAGUCGGAAAAAGACUAGAGAUCGACGGUAGCUAUGCUGUUUUACCUGGUUUAAUUAUUGUUACUUUUGGUGACGUUGAGACUCAUACAUCAGAAACUCAUUUAAUUCGUUGCUCAAGAUCACUUGAUAUUGGUAGAUUAGAAAGAGCAAAUGUCAUUGCAUAUAAAAUUGCAAAAGGUGAACUUGAUUUAGAUGAAGCCUCUGCUUUAUUAGAUGAGAUUAUUAAUGGUCCCCCGACAUGGGGUCCUUUAAUUGUCAUUUUGGGUUAUAUUAUGACUUCUGCUUUUGUUGCUCCCUUAUUUUAUAAUGGUUCAUGGACUGAUUGUUGGGUUAGUGCUAUCUUUGGUUUAUGUGGUAU